UAAGAAAUAAUUAUGUACUUAAUCCAUCAAAGAAAAGGUUGUGUUAUUCAAUGCUUCUAUAAGUACUAUGAUGAAGGCAGUAUCUACGUCAGUGUUCAUGUUGACCCUUUUGGUCAGUUUCGCAACGGCCCAACGGGUACCCAAGCACCUUGAAGAGGCAUGGGAUGCCGUUACAAAACCAUUUAAGGAGGAGUGCAUCGCAAAAACUGGAGUUAAUUCUGUAUAUGCGGACCGACUGUUCUUAUAUAGUGAAUAUCUCGAUGAUCGUGCAUUGAAGUGUUACUUGGCAUGCCUUGGUAAGAAUAUGGGAAUCUUAAACGCCUCGGACGAAUGGGUUAAGGACGAAUUUAUACGACAAGUGGCUGGUAUUACACCUGCAAUGUUUGAAUCAUGUAUGGAUGAAACCAAAUUUGAAAAUGAUGUGUGUGAAAAGAGCAUGACCAUGGCAAAAUGUAUAGUUCGACAUUUAAGCAUUUAAGCGAGUUGCAGCACAUAAUUAUUACGUUUAGUUUUACUUAGUCAUAUAUCAACCCCUUUUUUUCAGCUUACGUUGUUAAUGAUUUCGUUUGUCAAUAAAGCUUUCGUAGUCGAUUCUAA